UAAAGUCGGCGUGCGUCUUGCGUCUUAAGCAUAUGAGGAGUAAACCAGAGGCUGUGAAUUUAGCAAGAGAUACUGUUGAGUGAAUCGACUUGUAAAGCAUCGCAUCACUCAUAGCAGGAGUGAGGAAGACGCAGCUGCCAUUUACUGUAACAGGAAGAUGAAUAUUAAAGAAGAAACAGGUGAGGCUGAUAUAAACACCAUGGAGGUAACGACUGUAAAUAUUAAAGAAGAGGACUGUGAAUGGGAGUCUGUCCACCCCAAACAGGAGAGUCUGUGCAUUAAGGAUGAGUAUUAUAAACUGGGAACUGUGGACAUUAAAGAAAAGGCUGAGGAGACGCCCAUCAGCAUUGGGACGCACCAACAGGAAAUUGUGAAUGGUGGGGACCGUGAGAAGAACUCUGUUAGAACUUGGGAAGAUCAGUCAUCACCUUCAGAUUAUUCUGGAGAAGUUUUAGAAGACAAUGGCAGCUUCUUCUUAUCCUCCUCGUCUCAGACGUCUGUUCAGUGCAGAUUGCAGCUGACAACAGCAGUAGAGGGGACUGCUAGUCAACUUCAGAUAAACAAUUCCAGCUCUGCCAGUAUCAACCAGGAACAGAGAAAAGAGUUUAAUCUGGGUGAAACACAACAGAAGGCUCAUCAAUGUUCUGAAUGUGGUAAAGGAUUCUCACGAAUUAAAAAUCUUCGGAGGCACAGAAAAAUUCACACCGGAGAGAAGCCAUAUUGUUGCUCUGAAUGCGGGAAGCGAUUCACACAACUGGGCAGUCUUAAGAAACACAGAAGAAUUCACACUGGAGAGAAGCCAUAUUACUGUAAUGAAUGUGGCAAACAUUUCUGUUACAAGAGUAGUCUUCAGAGACACCACAGAAUUCACACAGGAGAGAGGCCAUUUUGCUGUAAUGAAUGUGGAAGAGAAUUCUUACAAAUAAGCAAUCUCCAGAGACACAGUAGAGUUCACAUUGCAGAGAAAGUGCCCACCCCCUGCCUCAACCUUAGGGUAGGUGAGGGUGGUAGCGAUAAUGCAACAUCUUCAGAUGAAGAAAAGCCCUCCAAUGUGGUGACAGUUCAGAUGGACAAUGUUGCUGGUCCCACUAUAUUGGAACAGACUAGACCACAUAAAGGUACCUUGAGUAAAAAAUUAAGAGGGCUAGACAAAGUCCACUGGUCAAGUGACGAUAAAGAGGAGAUCAUGUACUGCUACUUUUAUGCAACAAACCCUGAAUUUCCAACAAAGGGAUAUGCAAAGAGGACUCGCAUAAAACUACAAUCCAGAAAUAUAAUCUCACGGUCAAAGUUAAGUAAUAUAACAGAUGCAAAUUUAAGAUCACUAAUUGGAAUAAUUAAAGAAAGAAGGCGAAUAACUCAGGAGAAAUUAGAAUAUCUCCAAAUAAGAGCAAAAGAAGACUUCAUAUGUGAAAAAACUCAAAUCCAGCUGGUAUGAGAACAGAAAGGGAGAAAACCUGGGAUGAUGAGAAGAUCUUGUAUGGUACAGCUUUUAUGCCAAUUUGAAAGCAUCAGCGGGCAAAUUAAUCAACGAAGAAGUAAAAAGACCUAUUUGUAAACAAAUUUACAAGCAAACACUCAAAUAUGAAUCAACACACAUGAAAAAUGCUUAACACCAAAAGUGGAAUGUCCUAAAAGGUAAUCGAUUCCCACAUUGUGAGAUUCAGUCAGUAAAGAAAAAGGUCCUGGAAGAGCUAAAAAUGGAAGGGAUAGAAGUUCAAAACAGCCAAAACUGUAUUCCCAAAAAUCACAAGUAAACCCAACCCCAAUGAUAGAGGGAGUAAAAGAAAAAAAAAACAACUGAAAGUUGCAAAGACUCAAAAAAGAGCAGACAGAGCUAAUAAAAAUGACCAAGAAAGAGCAGAAGUGACACCAUCAUUAGAGGGCAAAGAAGUUCAGGAAAUUAAAAUAGAGCUCCUGGACCUAAUUAACACAGACAAGUACACAGAAAUCGACAAAAGAGAGAGGUUGCUAAUGAUAGCACUAAACCGAACUGUCCAAACUACAAUAAGCAAGGUAACUGAUGCCAUUCUGAAGAUAAUGCAGAUCCAAAAACACAAACUGGACUUAACUACAGCAAACAGGAUCCAGUAUUGUGCAACAAAACUCAUCACCUCUAAGGUAAUGGUGAACAGAUAAAUAAGAGUAAGGACACAAAAGCGAAACUACACUCCUCCUUGGAUGAGGAGAAUUGAAAAAAAAAAUAAAGACCUCGUAUGACGAGAUGGCACUAAUUAAAGCCUGCAUUGAAGGAGUGAUAUCACAUGAAGUUCUAACUUAACCAGAACAGCUGAAAUUACAGAAUUAUUUAUUAACAUACAAGAACCUCACCUUCACAAUUGCAAACAAUAAACUUACAAUUAUGGCAAAGGCACAAAAAGUAAGAAGUUACAAACAAAAACACAAGGAGAGGGUACAGAAUGGACUAUUUAAAGAAAAUCCCAAAAAGUUAAGUGGGGAAGACGCUCUGAAAGUAACUUGAGCACCAGACAAAGAAGAGGCCGAAGAAGUUUGGAGCAGAAGGAUUUGUUUCAAACGUAGCUUUGUCAAAACUUGACUUGCUUGUAUGGAACGUUAUCUGAUUUUAAUAAAAUAUUAUAUAAAAGAAUCUAUGAGGAUGAUCAAGAACACAACUAACAAGCAAAAUGGAUAAGCAAACUACAGAUGUAAAUAGAAAUCAUUUGAGCCAAAGAACUGCCAUGGAGUGAAGUAACAGCAGAAGUGGUAAGAAACACCAUAAGUUAUGCUGCUAACUGGAAGACACCUGGUUUAGAUGUAGUACCAAAUUUUUGGAUAAAGCACCUAACGUCUCUGCCCCAGGAUAUGGAAAUGCAAUAAUGCAGAAACCGGAGACAGCACCAGAGUGGCUUACAACAGGGACAACCUUCCUACUCACAAAAUCCAACCCAACAAAUAUUCCAAAAACUGACUGCUCAAUAACCUCCCUUCCCACCAUCUUCAAACUAUUUAUACUGGUAGACACAGAGAGAAUUAACACACACCUUUACUAGAACAGUUUGAUGGCAAUUGAACAAAUUGAAAACACAAGAAAGUCUUAUGGAACCAAAGCUGCUGUAGAACAAAGUCAUCAUGGAGUUCUGCAAAAAAGGCAAAAACCUGAGUGUGGCAUGGAUAGGUUACAAAAAAUCAUUUAACAAUAUACCUUAUUCCUGGAUACUGAAAUGUCUAUGCCUAUACAAAGACCACCAGGUUGUGAUAAACUUCAUCUCAACUACUAUGGUUCAGUGGCAAUCAACUCUACAACUUCGCAAUGAGAACCGGUGGAUCACUGUCCCAAACAUAAAAAUAGAAUGAGGAAUCUUUCAAGGUGAUUCAUUAUCUCCGCUACUGUUCUGCGUAGCACUAAACCCAAUAAGCACCCUCUUAAAGAACCUUGGCCAUGGACUUAAUAUCCACUCUCACAAUGAUCCAGCAACCCAAAUAAUUACUCACCUCCUUUUCAGCUAAAAUUAGUAAAACACUUUUCAGAUGACAUCACAAUGAUAUUUGGGAUUGACAAGUGUGCCAAAGCUACCUUCAUCAAUGGAAAGCUAACCUCAACUGCAAACAUCAACUUCGAUCAAGAGUGUGCUAUUAAAAAUCUGAAAUACCUGGGCAAAGGCAAGGGGAAUAUCAUAGUCAUGGGGGACUUUAACUACACGAAUAGUAACUGGGAUAACCUUGCAAACAGUAGGGCACAAGAGCAGAGGUUUUUAGAAGUAAUCAAUGAUUUUUUUAAAUACAGUAUGUUAAAGCACAAACACGGGGUGAAGCCUGUCUGGAUUUAGUAUUUUGUAAUGAUCAAGAUAGAACUUAGAGUGUGGAGGUGAUUGGACCACUAGGGUCAAGUGACCAUCAUAUAAUACAAUUCUCAGUAUUUUGUAAGA